UUGACGUCACAUGUACACGUCGCCAAGCAGGACGCGCUCAGCCAAGAUGGUGGACAAGUGUCAGCCGCGGUGUCCUGCACUUUUUUGAAAAUCUCAACUCCAACCGCGCUCAUAUCGAGUUUUAUUUGUAUCUGGGCAUCUCGACUGGAAGAUAACAGUGAGAUCUCCAGUAAGUAUAGACACUUUGGAGACUUGUGAGUGUAAACGAUGCAGCCUCCUCCUCGGACAGCCCCUCCUGGAGCUAGUGGACCUCCGCCUUCCUCCGGUGGCCCCAAUGCCUUCAGAAGAAACAGACCUUACAAACAUGGGGCUGCCGCUGCUAUGACACCGGCUGCUCCAACCACCCAGCCAGUGACUGAUCCUUUUGCCUUCGGGAGACAAAAUUUUUUGCCCAUGGCAGGGGGCAGCCAAGCUCCACCCACAAACAGCAACCCACUUCCUAUGCAAGGCCCUCCCCUGCCAGGGUUCAACUCGACGGCUCCACCACAAGGACCACCACCAGGAACAUCACAGGCAGCCUCUCCUGGCCCACCACCAAGAAUUUUUACACCACAACCUGUUCCCCCAGGCCAGGCACCAAGCUCCAACCCUCCUCCUGCAGAACCAGGAUACUUUAAUUCUCAAGAAUCAAUGCCCUAUAUUGCACAGUUGCCUAACCCUGCUCCUUCUUUCAGUUCUAGUCCAUCACAUCCACCCUCCACUGCUCCCACACCUCCGGUUCAAUCCCAGACUCCUUUUCAAUCCCAGCCAACACCUUCCCUACCUUCUCACUGGGUUCCUGACCACGGAAGCCGUCCACCUUCCGUUCAAAACUACUUUCAGCCAACCAGUGAUCUCCCAUCUCAGCCUUUCCAAGCUCAAGUUCCACCCCCUGUGCCCUCUCCCCACACAGCCCCACCUUUAACACAAUCUCAGAAUCGAGGUCAGUUAGCUCAACCAAAUGUGACUGGGCCCAGUGCAACUCAGCAACAGAACUCCCACUUCCCUGCUCAGAAUUAUUUCAGCCAGUCAGGUGGUCCCUCAGAGCCAUGGUUCAAUCAGAGCCCCCAGGAUCAGUCUCAGCAUGCCUGCCCUGUCCCCUAUUCUGAAGUCCCCAGUGACUCUGGAUCUCUCUCAAUGUUCUUCGGGGGAAAUGAUGUUGAAAAUGAAGAAACACUGUCAGGGGAGGGGCAUGUAAAUGGAAUUCUUCACCCUCUCCAUUCGAUGACUGAGUUCUCUGGUCCAUAUUUGAAUGACAGUGGUAACAUUCGAGCUGGGGCAGGGCCCUGUGAUUCGGUGGAGAAUCUGGAAUGUGUUCCAAACCAGGAAGUGCUGCCUAGUGAGCCACCAUUAAGCCAUGCCUUUGAAGGGGGGCCUAACUUGGAGACACCUGACUCUGCUCCUCGUCUUGCCCGCUCUGCAAGUGUCUCAUCCAGCUAUAGUAAUGUCAGUCACAGCAGUGGACACGGUCCUCACAGCAGUGGCCACAUCCCUCGGCGACAACAAGGUGUAGUGGGAACGUUUAUCCAACAGGAGAGUCCCCGCCCACCAGAUCACCCUCCUUUGCAUCCCUCCACUGGUGGAUACUUUGAACAGAUAGACUCCACUCCAGCUGCAGAGGCAAGUCCUACUUUCCCAACUCCUAGCCCACCUAAACCAGUUGGUGUGUUUCAGGCAAGUGCGAAUUCCUCCUUUGAGCCUGUCCGCUCACAUGGUGUAGGAGUUCGACCUGCUGAGGUUGAUCGUGCACGUAUGGUAAUGGAAAAGGGUGGACGUGAUGUGCAACCUGGCAACUUAGAACAACCCCCAGACAACUUGGAGACCAUUUACUUAUCGGAACGGCGACCCUCAUCGCGAGCUCAGGGAGCACGACGCCCCAUUGAGAGUCCCGCUACUACACUCUGGGCUCAAAAUGACACUGCCAGUCUAGGUGUUAACAUACUGUUAGCCCCUGCAGCACCCUCUUUGGCUGCGACAUUUGUUCCAUCACAUCCAUCUGAAGUCAUCCAGCCACCAGAGGAUGGCCCACUUGAUUUACAUCCAGCUAAGCCAGAUCCACAACCUCCUUCUGAAAACCUUGAGAUUCCGCCAGACUCCACGCCUCAGGCAGGUUUGGGAUAUGCCUCCUUACUAGUGACCUCGCCUCCAGUAGAGACCCUGAACCAGCCCGUGUUGAUUGCUCCACCUUCCUCUAAUUACAGUUUGGUUUCCUCUCCAAACCUCUCACAACCUUUAAAUCAGACAAGUCCUCAAGAGACAGCAACACCUGUUCACCCACCCCUUCAGUCUUCUGUGACCACUCAAAUGCCUCAGAUUUCUCCUCUAACAAAUCAGCCACAGCCUCUUUUUUCUCAGACACCAGUAAACUUCAGCCCUUCUUCCACUCAAGGCAUCUUGAAUCUAGCCCGAGAGGCCAAAGAUGCUCAGCCCUCUGUUCAAGCAGCCCGACCUGUUCUCUCAAGGGCCCAGUCUCUUAGAGGUGAUAGCCAAUCACUUCCGCCUUCUGUUUCUCAAGCUCCGCCUUCUGCUGCUGCCACCACCAAUCACAAUCAACCUUCAAAUUAUGAGCUGCUUGAUUUUUCUAUGCAUCAACCACAGUCCACGAAUCAAGUCACAUCAGUCCCUGCCGUCUCUCAAAAAGCCCAUCCUGCGGGCUUGGUGAAUAACACACCUGGCUUUUACCUGCAAGUCACCAAAGAUGCACAGCAGGGUGGGCAGUCUGACAGCGAGGUUCUGCCCCUUCAGCAGAUCUCUAACCCCCCACGACCCUCAAGCACCCAUCCUGACAAUGAUCCAACUCGUACCUCCCAACCUCCCCAUCCACCACCAGCUCAACACCAGCCUCCUUCACAGGUCCCUCCAACUCAUCCUGGUGCCCCUCCUACUGGACCUGGAUCUGCCCCACCUUCUUCUUACCCACCCCAAUAUGGGAACUCUGUCCCCCAGCCACUUCAAGAACCCCAAAGACCUCCUUCAUCUCUAGGUGGUCAGUCAGGUUAUGGGGCUCCUCCUGUGAUGCCCCCUGGCCCAGGCUAUGCAGGGUACUACCCAGGAGCAUACCCCGAGUACCAGGAUGGACGACUGCCAUACCCACCCCAGUACCCUGUGGACCCCAGAUCUCAAAACUACUAUCAGGAUGAUCCCUAUCGUAGAGGAGAUCCUCGAUAUGGCUGGUAUGAUGGUCAAAAUCCUGGCUACCGGGAGCCUGAGCGUCAACCAGAGAGGCCGAGUUCUAGAACCAGCCAAUACUCAGACAGACCCAACUCCAGACAGGGGUAUCCAGAAGACUUUUCUAGAUCCAGCCGUAGUGCCUAUGAUGAAUACUAUGCAAACUACUAUAAGAGGCAGUAUGAUGCCUAUGGAGAUAGGAGCAGGUGGUAUGAUCCAAAUGCUGCUUAUGAUCCACGCUACAAAGCCUACUAUGAUCCGACAUAUGGCUGGUACUAUGACAUUGAUGGUUACAGAAGUUACUACAACCAACAAUAUCAAAACAGGGGACGAGAGGGGUAUGAUGAUCAAUGGCGGUAUUACCCUGGUUAUGACUCCAGCUUUGAUGAUGACUGCCGCCGGCGCGACCCGUACGCUGACGAAUUUGACCGCCGUUCGGUUCACAGUGAACAAUCAGCGCACAGUGUACAUUCAUCACACAGUCGACGCAGUAGCUUCAGUUCACGGUCACAGCAGAGUCAGGUGUACAGGAGUCAAACAGACUUGGUCAGUGCAGCCUAUGAUACCACUGGGACCACUCUUCCAGCGGAUUACACCUACAGCCAGUAUCCUAACCCUUCAGAUACUGCAAAUUACAGUCAGAUUCCUUACAACUCUGCUGACAACACCUGGACUGCCCCAGAACAGCCUCCUCCCAGGCCAUUGACCCCAGAGAAGUAUUCUGUUCCUCAUCGUUGUGCUCGGUUUGGUCCGGCUGGUCAGCUGAUCCUUGUCCAACCCAACCUGCCCUCUGCUGGUCAGCCCACACUUGUGGAAAUUCACAACAUGGAGACGAUUCUGCAGGACUCUCCAGAGCAGGCAGAAUUGCGUUCAUUCCCUGGCCCGCUUGUCAAAGAGGAAACUCAUAAGGUGGAUGUCAUAAAGUUUGCUCAGAACAAAGCCCAAGAGUGUUUGCGAAACGAUGACCUCAUCGACAAAGACUCCGCCUACCUCAUCUGGGAGUUCAUUGUGCUGCUGUGUCGCCAGAAUGGGACUGUAGUGGGAACAGACAUUGCUGACCUGUUGCUAAAGGAACAUCGCUCUGUUUGGCUGCCGGGAAAAUCACCCAAUGAGGCUAAUCUCAUCGACUUCACUAACGAGGCAAUUGAACAUGCUGAGACGGAAGAGGCGGGGCCAAUCUCCCUCCUAUCAGACACAUUCAUGGGCGUGCCUGAGAAUAUCGGCAAGGAGACGGAGCGCUUCAGAGAACUGCUACUGUUCGGUCGCAAGAAGGACGCUCUGGAGUCUGCUAUGAAGAAUGGCCUGUGGGGUCACGCCCUGUUACUGGCUAGUAAGAUGGACAACAGAACACACGCCCGUGUCAUGACCAGGUUUGCCAACAGCCUGCCUAUCAAUGACCCUCUUCAGACGGUGUACCAACUCAUGUCAGGACGAAUGCCGGCUGCUGCUACUUGUUGCGGAGAUGAGAAAUGGGGCGAUUGGCGCCCUCAUCUGGCCAUGGUGCUGUCCAACCUCACACACACUCUGGAUCUUGACACCCGCACCAUUUCGACCAUGGGGGACACAUUAGCAUCUAAAGGUCUAGUGGAUGCAGCUCAUUUCUGUUACCUGAUGGCUCAGGUGGGCUUUGGUGUUUAUACCAAGAAAAGCACCAAGAUGGUCCUCAUCGGCUCUAAUCACAGCAUGCCGUUUUUGAAGUUCUGCUCUUCAGAGGCGAUUCAGCGGACAGAAUCGUACGAGUACGCUCAGUCUCUUGGAUCUCAGCCUCUCUCUCUGCCCAACUUCCAGGUGUUCAAAUUCGUGUAUGCAUGUCGUCUGGCGGAGUCGGGACUCUGUGCUCAAGCCUUCCAUUACUGUGAGGUCAUUUCACGCGCACUGUUGAACCUCCCUGAGUACUACUCACCUGUGUUCAUCAGUCAGCUCAUACAGAUGUCUCUGAGGUUGAGGUUUUUUGACCCUCAGCUGAAGGAGAGGCCAGAGCAGGAGUUGUUUAUAGAGCCUGAUUGGUUACUGCAUCUCAGACAACUGGAUGGACAGAUCAAGGACGGUGUGAUCGCUUUCCGUGCGGAUCGCAGCACCCCACAGCUUUAUCACUGCAGCACGCCCAGUUCAGAAGACCAAUGCAGCCCACCUGACCCCUCAACUAUGACCCCUGAUCCCCACAAUCCUCUCAUGACCUCCCUUGUGCCUCCCGCUGGUAUUCAACUCAUGCCACCAGCCCCUCCCACUAUUCUUCAGGAUGGGGCGGUCCCUCUGCAGCAGGCCCCGCCUCCAGGUGAAAGUGUUCCAUUCUACCCAGGGCCGCCACAGCAAAACUUUGUGGCAGCGUACCAACCUGAAACCCAUGAGCAGUACGCACCCAUGCACCAGCAAAUGCCCCCACAAAUGUCCCAGCAAAUGUCCCAGCAAAUGCCCCCACAAAUGCCCCAACAAAUGCCCCAGCAAAUGCCCCCACAAAUGCCAACUUACAACCCUAUAGAAAUGCAUCAACAGACACAACCUCAGAUGCCCCCAGGAAUGCAACAUCAGAUGCCCCCACCAAUGCCUGGGGCUGAACGUGGCUCCACCCCUUCCUCUCCUCAGCAGUUCCCUCAGUCGCCUCUGACGUUCAGUGGCCCCCCUCCGCAAGGGAAGGACUUUUAUGAUGAAAUGGCACGCAUGGGCCCAGGCAGAAGAUCAAGAACCACUUCACAGUCAUCAUCAAUACACAUGACAUCAGGUCGUCGGUCUCGCACAACGUCAGAAUCGUCCAAUCAUUCUGGGCGGGAACGCAGCAGUUCGCUAGCCAAUCAGGGUUCUCCACCUCCCCCACCUAUCCCAGAGGCUCCACCACAGGACGAACCCAAGAAGAGCAAGAAAGACUCUCCCAAAAAAGGCGCGAGUGGCAGCGGCUGGCUGAACUGGCUGUAUCCAAAGCGGAAGAAUGAAGCUCAUCUCCCAGACGACAAGAACAAAACUAUUGUUUGGGAUGAAAAGAAGCAGAAAUGGGUGAAUCUGGAUGAGCCAGAGGAAGAGAGCAAACCCCCUCCUCCUCCACCUACAAGCUUCCCCAAAGCUCCAAUGGGCGGCCCAGGGAUGGGGCCACCAGGAGCAGGGGGUCCAGCAGCAGGGCCACCUGUGAAUAUGUUCUCCAGGAGAGCAGGCACUAAGAGCCGUUAUGUGGACGUGUUGAAUCCUGGUCGUGGAGGAUCUAAACCCGCCGCUGCUGUACCACCCCCUGCUGACCUGUUUGCUCCUCUCGCACCCAUGGCCAUGCCAGCCAACCUGUUUACACCAGCUGCAGCCCCAGAUGAGCAGCAGCCGAUGGAAGGAAGCGUUCCAGAUGCCAGUGGUGAAAACACACAACAGACGAGUGCCACAGUGCCACAGAUGUUUAAUCCGAAUGCUUUGCCUCCUGGCCCGGAGGGAACCCAAUCUGGAGAGCUGUCACGUUCUAGCUCAAUGAGUUCUCUAUCUCGAGAAGUGAGUCAGCAUUUAAAUCAGGUUCCCGCUCAGCCGCCAGCGCAAGGAGCUCCACCUGCAGGAGGCGUGACAUUUUAUAACCCCUCCCAGUUUGCACAGUCUGUUCCCAGCAGCCGUGCUCGACCUGGUCGUUUGGGACAGAGAGGAUACCCCACGGUGAAGUAACAGCUGUAGUUCUAGAUCAAACUGUGCUUCUAGACCGGAUCGGACUGAAGUUUGGUUUCUGCCUGGACUCCUAGCAGCGCUGGCAUGCGGCCCUCAGCCUCCCAGAUAACAUUGUCUCGCCGUCAUAAUCAUCGUUUCCCGUCUGUGCUGAAGUCGGAACGAAUGGAUCAGACUCCGGUCCUUGUCCGUUUCUCCUUCAUACCCGUCGCGGUCUAACUCUACCCUCUUGUUGCGAGUUUGUACGGACCAGCGGCGCUUCCUCAACAUGAGCAGUGUGAAUACAAGUGCAAUAUUGCGAUUUUUAGCCCUGUGUAGUUUGAUUUCCUUUAGUGUAGUCUGCUCAUUUCUGCAGGGUGUAUGCGAGUGCGUAUGAACGCGUGUGUUUGUUUGUGUGUGCGUGGGGAGGAAAUGUGGGCGUGUCUUGCUGAUGCAUGUGUUAGAGGGCAGUCUGGCCUGUUGUCAUGGGAACAGUGCAGCGUACCAGAAUGUUUUAGAUAUUUAUUAAGCCUCCUGUCGAAAUGAAACCGGACAGGAUCUGUAUAUCAGAGCGAGUUUGUGUACGCAGAAUCACGAUGUGCUAAACAAACCGAUCCUGAUCGAAUCCUUAAUUUUGCCAGUAGCGAAGAAUCAUACAUUUACAUGAUUUACCAAAAUCCCUGUGAUCAUUUGUGUGUUUUGCUCAUAAGAUAUCUAUUAUUAUUUUCCUGACUUCAUCUCGCUCUCCGAUCGAUCGUCUUCAUGUCUCUUAAUCCACACACCGCUAUUCCUUUGCUCGUUCCGGGGUUCUUGUUCCCAUGGUAACGGCGGGGUUUUGUAAUUCCAAAGGUCAGCUCUGUUUGAAGGAAGCUUGGACUUUUCCAAUGUGUUUAGAAAUUGACUGUACAAUUCUUGAUAAAGUGAUAAUAAAGAUAUUUUUGAGCUCUUUAA